CCCAGCGCGUGGCUCCUCCACGCCGCUCCACUCCCCCGCGGCGGCUGCCGACGAAGCUCCCCAUUCCGCGUUGUGAUUUGCAUGCCUCCUCCACUUCCUGCUGCAGAGCCAGUUCUGCAGCCUACCUGGGAGAGGAAGGGAGGCUGUCGUAAAAGGAGGAAAAAAAAAAACGGCCGAGGAGGGAGAGCCGGGUGUACGCAGAGCCCGCAGGAUUCGCUCCAGCCCUGUCCCCUUCCCGCUGAGCUCAGGGCGAGCGUCCCUCAGCCCAAGUUUGCUGGAAAAUUCUGACCUUGCAGCACGGCAGUUGACCCCCAUUUCUUGUGUGACUACAGAACUGGGAAAUGGCCUCCGUGUCAGGCACUUUUGUGAGCCGUAGCAUACCAGUGGAAGUGGAUGAAUCCAUGUUGUAUUCCCCAUUUCCUGAACCUGCCCUGGAAGAGGCUUCACAGCCUUCUGUAGAGAACGUGGAAGAUGAGGAGUGCCAGAGACCACGUGCCAAUCCAGCACAUCUCUGCAGAGCACUGGCACAUCACCAGCUGGCCAUGGAGCCGGACAGCAGGCCGUGGUCGGAAUAUACCAAUCCCGAUGAAUGUGGGCGUUUCUGUUCCCCCAGUGAAUCAAUACUGGAAGUAGUUCAUUCCAAGAUGCAUCUUUUAACUAUGGACAAAUCAGGCAUGCAGCCAGGACCACUGCUUUCAGCCGAUACCAACUCCAGUAAGUCAGAGCAGAGCUUGAGUGAUGCUCCUGAGGACUCGCUGGAGGAGAACAACAGAGGGAGUUCGUGGUCACAGCAGUCUUCAGGAAACAAACUCCCAGCAGAGCUGGCAACUGAGGACACGGGUUACAACUCCCAGUCCCAGGACAUCAUGGGUGUCAGGCACCUGGAGCUCCCCUUACCACUUGUGUCCAUGGUGAACCCCCAGGACCUCCCAGGACCACUGAUCUCCAGAGAGUUUUUUGGACCUGAGCCUCAGCAGCACCCCAGGUGCCAGCACUUGCCCCAUCCCAACCCCUCUGCACAAGCCUAUGGCUUCUGUGGGCACCACUAUCUGGCAGAGCAGCACCUGCAUGGCCCACAUGGCAGAGCUGCUUACCAGCAUUUUGCCCACACAUCGCAACCGCUCCCUCCUGUUCCUGGACCCUGCAUGAGAGUUAUCCGCCCAGCCCAGCAAGUCAUCCCCAAUUACUCCAACCUUCGUGCUCCCAAGGGCACCGCCGAGCGACCUCUCCAGAGGCUGUGCUCCUCCCCUGGUCCUCCUCGAUUCCCAAACCAGUUGUACAACCAGCUACCUAACGGCCAGCUGCCCCAAAAGGCAUGUGGCCCAGAUGAAGCAUGUUGUUGUCCUUCUGACAAUUUUCCGUCUCCAGCUGCUGUCCCAAGACCUCUCAGUAACCCUGCAGCCAAGGGAACUCUGAGAACCAGCAAUUUGCCGGAAGAGUUGCGCAAGGUCUUUAUAACCUAUUCCGUGGACACAGCGGUGGAGGUCAUGAAAUUUGUGAACUUCCUGCUUGUAAAUGGAUUUCAAACUGCUAUCGAUAUAUUUGAGGACACAGUACGAGGUAUUGACAUCAUAAAGUGGAUGGAACGCUACCUAGGUGAUAAGACGGUGAUGAUAAUCAUAGCAAUCAGUCCAAAAUACAAACAGGAUGUGGAAGGGGCUGAGUCCCAGCUGGACAGGGAUGAACACGGCUUACAUACUAAAUACAUCCACAGGAUGAUGCAGAUUGAGUUCAUACAACAAGGGAGCAUGAACUUCAGAUUCAUCCCUGUGCUUUUCCCAAAUGCCAAAAAGGAGCACGUGCCUACCUGGUUGCAGAACACUCACAUUUAUACCUGGCCAAAGAACAAGAAGAACAUCCUCCUGCGGCUACUGAGAGAGGAGGAAUAUGUUGCUCCUCCAAUAGGACCUUUACCAACGCUCCAGGUUGUGCCAUUAUGAACAUUGUCUCUUAAAGUGCACGAGAAGCAGUUGUUAAAGGGUUGCUUUUGGCAGGGAGCCAGCACUCUUCCAGAUGGCUCUUUCUGAUGACAGAAGACACUGCUUCUGCUUAAGGAAUUGGUUAUCUUGGGUAGCUCAGGCUCAGCUUGUUCUCCACCACGUUAAACAUCUAUUUCUGAAACUGAUGGGGCAGAACUCUUCUCUCCUAGGUUUUUAAAAAAGCUGCAAAUGGAACGAAUGCCCAACUUUAUCUUAACAUCUGUUUUUAACAUAUCCCUUUACUAGUCGAUACAGCAAACAAAUACUAGAAAUAAUGUUGCAAUAAUGUAAAAUAAAAAUUACAUCCUCCUUUUUGCUCAGGUACUCUUUAUAGAUGUCCCUGUCUUGUACAGCAUUAUCGGACAGUUAAUUUGUAAAUGCACUAUUAAAUAUAUUUGCCUUUUGUAAGGCUAUUUUA